UGCGUCUACUCCACGCUGGCCCGCAGAACGUGAGCCCGCGGCGGAAGCGGCUGUCCUGGCUCGAGUCGGCAGGCGGAGGCUUGCGAGCCGCAUGGCAGGCUCUCCGGGAGGCGGCGAGCCGGGCCCGGCGGCGGGCGAGCCGCUGCUGCAGCGACCCGAUUCCGGCCAGGGCUCGCCCGAGCCGCCGGCCCACGGGAACCCCCAGCAGGGCUUCCUCUCCAGCCUCUUCACCCGGGACCAGAGUUGUCCGCUCAUGCUCCAGAAGACACUGGAGACGAAUCCCUAUGUCAAACUUCUACUCGAUGCUAUGAAACACUCAGGUUGUGCUCUUAACAGAGGGAGACACUUUUCCUGCGAAGUCUGCGAUGGAAACCUCAGCGGAGGCUUCGAUGCGUCAACGUCUCAGAUUGUUUUGUGCGAGAAUAAUAUCCGGAAUCAGGCACACAUGGGCAGGGUGGUCACCCACGAGCUCAUUCACGCCUUUGACCACUGCCGGGCUCACGUCCACUGGUUCACCAACAUCAGACAUCUGGCGUGCUCAGAGAUUCGAGCCGCGAGCCUCAGUGGGGACUGCUCACUCGUGAACGAACUCUUCAGGCUGCGUUUUGGAUUGAAGCAGCACCAUCAGACGUGCGUGCGGGACAGAGCUGUCCUCUCCAUCUUGGCGGUCCGGAACGUCAGCAGAGAAGAGGCCGAGAAGGCCGUGGAUGACGUCUUCCAGUCCUGCUUCAAUGACCGCGAGCCCUUUGGCAGGAUCCCGCAUAACAAGACGUAUGCCAGAUACGCCCACAGAGACUUUCAGAACCGUGAUCGUUACUACGCUAACAUAUGAAGAUGGUGGCCCUCUGUCAGGACCCUGAGGGAAAUGCGGUUCUUUUGCAUUGAAUGCAUAAAAUGCAAAUGAUCAGUUAGGUCCAAGCAUAAAAUGCAGAAUGUGCUAAUUUUAGCACUUGACUACAAAAACAAAAACAAAAGAAAAAAAAAAAAACAAAAAACACAGCAAAAAGGAACUCCUUAAAACUGCAGGGCAGAAAUGGGAUAUUUAUAGCUAGUCAUUUAGUAAAAAAGGUAAAUAAAUGACAUUUUUGUAUUUUCUGCAGUAUA